GCUUCCACAUUGUUGGGAGUGUGUCAGUCUCAGUAGGUCUCUGUCUUAGGUGUGGAUCUUUGUGACUACCUGUGGACAACGGACGCUGCAAAAACCUCCAAGACUGGAUUAUCAUUCUCCUCCCGACGGAUUUUCUUGUUCCCAGGCGAUUGCAUGUGAUUGUGAUGUUCACAGAUGGGAAACGUGAGGAAGUGUGAUGAGUUGCAGAGCACAGUGUGUUAGAUUUAGUGUUCCUUGGGGUUUACCUAACCCCUGAGUUAGUGGCAAGGCUGCAGUAACCACCUCCAGAUGUUUACAGGCUCGUUCCGACCGAUUAUUUACAAUGAACAUCGCCCCAUUCACACUGCAACUCUCACACUUUGCUCCUCCAGCAGCGCCCCAGGUUAAUGCUUAAUCCGACGCAGACCUGUGAUCACUAGGGCCGAGCCCAGUUUAUGGGGAGGAGGUUAAGUGGAUGCGUGCGGACCGGCGACAGCAGUCACAGGUCCAGGGAUUCAAGCAGAGAGAAGCUUCUUCAAGAGUGACCAAAGGAGAUUGCCACGAUGCCACCGAAGUCCAUCACGUCCAAGGUGUUUGCCGUCGCCUUCAUCGUCCUGACCAUCUUGGUCAUCUCCGCCGUUAUCGCCAUGAUAGUUGUCUACAGUUAUCAAAUCAAAUCACUGGCGCCAACGGAACCUCCACCUAUUACUACCACCACCCCGGCCCCGCCGCCAAGAAAUCGGCUGCCGAAGAACGUGGUGCCCGAGCGCUACGAGAUCGUCCUCCAGCCUCAGUUCUACACAGAGAUCCCCGUGGAGGUGAACGGCACCGGUCCUAAUCAGACGAUGCUCUUCAAUGGAACCUCGACUGUCUACUUUCACUGCCUUGAAGAAACUAAAACCAUCUACCUCAACAGCGUGGACCUGAAGAUUGAGAAGUCGCUGGUGAUGCACAAAGGCAGAGAAAUUAAAUCCUCGUAUAUAUUACCCAAUGAAUCCAACAUCUUCCUGGAGGUGGAACUGACCGAGUCUUUGAAGGCGGGAGAGAAUUACAGUUUGUUUUUGGCUUUCCAGGGAGAUAUAUCCAGAAACCUUGAAUCUUUGUUUAUAAGCACGUAUGUUGAUGGUGCGAACACAGAAAGAUAUCUCGUCGCCACCAAUAUGCAGCCUACAGAGGCGAGGAACACGUUUCCUUGUUUCGACGAGCCAGAAAUGAAGGCGGUGUUUCACGUGACCAUCAUCCACAGAGAAGGCACGAAAGCCCUGGGAAACAUGAAAUCAAAUUCCAAUAGAAAAAACGGAUGGGAACACACUGAAUUUGUACCGACGCCAAGGAUGUCAACGUACUUGUUUGCCUUCGCGGUCUCAGAGUUCACAUCAGUCAAGUCCCCAGGGAGGGAGGAGAUAAUGACAUACGCUCGUCCUGAAGCAACUGCAGCAGGAGAAACUCAAUACGCCGCCAACAUCACCGUGAAAAUCCUGGAUUUUUACGAAACAUACUUUGGAAUUAAAUACAACCUGGGAAAGCUAGACCAAAUUGCGCUGCCAGACUUAUAUCCUGAAGCAAUGGAAAACUGGGGACUGAUCACGUACCAGGAAGGAAGCCUACUCUACAAGGAAGGAGUAUCCUCACUGCUCCACAAGGAAGUGGUCACUAGCCUUAUUGCUCACGAACUGGCCCACCAGUGGUUUGGAAAUCUGGUGACUAUGAAAUGGUGGAAUGAAGUUUGGCUGAAUGAGGGCUUUGCCACGUACAUGACAUACUUUGCAGUGGAUGCCGCUGAGCCAAGUUUCAAAAUAAAAGAUGUACUGAUCAUGAAGGACCUCCACAGAGCGUUUAUGGAGGAUGCUCUAGAGUCAUCUCAUCCUCUCAGUGUUCCGGUGCAAGAUGUCCAGACGUCCUAUGAAAUCUCUGAGAUGUUUGAUGCUAUAACCUACAACAAGGGGGCGAUGGUGCUGAGAAUGCUCACAGACUAUGUGAAAGAAAGUGUUUUCCAGAAGGGGAUCACAGCGUACCUCAAAGCAUUCAAAUACGAAAACACGGACCAGAACGACCUCUGGAAGUACAUACAGGAGGCAUAUGAUGAAAAUGAUGUCAUUACCAUUGAGGAGUUUAUGCACCCAUGGACCAGUCAAACUGGUUAUCCUGUCGUCACCAUCAACACUACCAACGGAGUUACCACCCAGAAGCGAUUCCUGUUCAAUGACACUGCUGAAUCACGUGAUCUUUGGUGGCCCAUCCGGAUCAAUUACAUGACAAAUUCAUCAGAUUCUGCUUCUCUCUGGCUGAACGCAAAAGGACAAGAACCAGAAGCAAAAACGGAUUUCAUUUCAAAGGAUGGAGACUGGAUCCUGGCAAACGUCAACUGUACCGGAUACUACAGGGUCAAUUACGACGCAGAGAACUGGGCACGACUCCUGACUCAGCUGGAGACAAACCUCGAGAGGAUCCCAGUGAUGAACAGAGGCCAGCUCGUUGACGAUGCUUUUAGCUUGGCAAGGGCCAAACUGGUCAGUGUGACUCUGGCUCUGAAUGCAACCCGCUUCCUGAGAAAAGAGACAUCGUUCCUUCCCUGGGAGUCAGCAGUCAAGAACCUCGAGUACUUCGUCCUCAUGUUUGACCGCUCUGAGGUGUAUGGACCCAUUCAGGUCUACCUCCAGGAGCAGGUAAGGGGACUGUAUAACUACUUCAAGAAUUUGACGGACGUGUCAGAAGUCCCAGAGGAUCACUCUUUACAGUACAAUCAGCUCAUUGCCAUAGAGGUAGCAUGUUCUAACGGACUCGCAGAAUGCGAAGAGAUGGCUGCAAAGCAGUACGCUGACUGGAUGAACAACAGCACUAUCAACAACAUCCACCCCAACCUGCGGUCUGUAAUCUACUGCCAAGCUGUGGCAGCUGGUGGGAAGAAGGAGUGGGAGUUCGCCUGGUACAUGUUUAAGAAUACCAAUAGCACCUUGGAAAAAAACCAGCUCCGGAGAGCUCUGGCGUGCACCAAGAAGACCUGGCUGCUCAACAGAUACCUGCAGUACACUUUGGAUCCUGAGAAGAUACGUCUCAUGGAUGUUGAGGUCACGAUUAACUACAUAGCCAGGAACCCGGCGGGGCAGCUGCUGGCAUGGAACUUCAUAAGAGCACAUUGGGACUACGUCAGUCAGGGGGAGAGGGCAUAUCUGAUUGACAGCGUGACCAGCAGGUUCUCCACACAGUUUGAACUGGAAGAGCUGGAGCGUUUCGCGGCCAACACUGAAUCCAGGGCGGUGUCUCAGGCCAUAGAGCAAACGCGGAUAAACAUCGAGUGGGUCCAGGAGAACAGAGACAUCAUCUUUCAGUGGUUUGAGAGAGAAGCUGAUGCAGCUGUUGCUGCUGCUGCAGCGUAGUCGCUUCAGAUCCUCACAGAUCAUUUCUAGUCAAUCUAGAAUAAAUACGACAUGAGAUUGAGUGCCACACGCAAUGUAUAGUGUCCGUGAACACUCCUGGAUUGUUUGUUUGAUUAUAUUCUACAUAGUCAGAAUAAGAUUUUUACUUCACUGGUUCUUAUUUAGCAUCUGUUUUGUUGUUUUUGUUUUUAAUAUCAUGCCAGUCUGUGACAAAUAGAAGUUACCAGUGUCUCCAUGUUGUCAGUUUACCUCUCAACAGUUUGCACAACCUUUUAUUACUAUACGUCGUAAUCAAGGAAACAAAUUCUAAUUAUAUUCUUGUUGUGUUGCUGAAAAAUGUUAUUUUAAAUAAUAAAACAUUGUGUUAAA